AUGUCUGCAGGCAAAGGUAAAGCUCCCGUUCGCGGUGAUACCACUACUCAAGGCAACAGGUCUUCAAAUAAGCUUGAAUGGAAAAUCCCUGAUGGCGCUGACACCAUCGAUGACAAUGAUCUUCCCUCUUUCAAAUUCACCAUCCCUCAGGGUUUCGACCGCAAUGUGCUGAACUUUACUCGCAUGCCAAAGCUCGGUGAAGCCUGCAUGGGCGGUACCGUGGACAAGGCUGACAAGACCAUUACUGGCCGCUCAUGCACAGGAACCCUGAUCGCGACGUACCACUCCCCAUGCAUGGUCUGGGUGACCCCGCCCGAGGGACAGGAAGACACAUUCGUACCCUGUACAAGCGAUGAUGCGGACCAGAUUGCAACGUGGAAGGACGAGCACCGGCCUGGCGACAUAGCAUUUGGAUGGUGGUGGAACCGCAAAACCAACCAAUACUACAAAGGCAUCGGGACAGUCAAGUACUGCCGUCGCAACGGCAACCUGCUUAUCGUCGAUCCCUUCUCCAGAGACGACCCGCGCCACGAUCUCAACUUUCCCCCCGGAACGUGGAGGAUGCUGGAGAUUGAGCGUUUGCUCUACAUCGGAGAUACGGACCAGGCGGAGGAGCUGCGCCGGAAGCUGAGUGAGAAAGAGGAGAAGGCCAGGCAGCUCUACAAGCUGAGGCUGUAUGUCGUGGAGGACACGGUGGAGGAUCUGACCCUGCGCACGAAGAACUACACCAUGCGUAAGAAGCCCCUUCCUCCCCGUCCGACCGGCUUCCUGGAGGAGAUGAUGGUGAAGAAGGGGUUUGGGCCGCAGUAA